AUGCCUACAAACAACAACCAGGCCCCCGCCAUGCCCGCUUCUCAAGCUGCGAGCCAGAGCCAGCAGGCCGCCCCCCAGGGCGACCCUCCCUCUGCAGACAACAACAACACCCACGGCAACUUGCCUCUCCGAGGCCGUCCAGGCCCCCAGAUGCCAACUCAAGGCAACAUGCAGCCGCCCCAGCAGGAUCGGGCUGACUACGUCGAGGAAACUGCUCAAGCCCAGAGCGACUUCUUUAAGCUGCUGGAUCUGCCUGCCGAUGCCCGGGACGUCCUGACGGCCUGUGACGGCGACUUGAGCGCCAUGAACGGCCUCGUUCAGAUCUGUUUGGCCACCCACAACCACUUCCAAGCUCUGGCUGAGGAGCAACACCACGCCCACCACCAGCAGCAGCCUGCCAACAACCAACAGAUCCUUCAGCGCGUGGAGCCCGCCUCUCCUGGCGCGUCACCUCAGGCGAGCAAGAACCUGGGCACUCGUCCAGCCAUUUCUCAUCACACCCCACCAGAAAACACUCAGGGCGAGGACCAGAGCAAGGACAUCGACGCGUCCCCUCCUCGCCAGGCUUCGUCUCAUUCGGCUUCAUCUCCUCAGGCUUCCUCUCCUCCUCAGGCUCGGUCUUCUUCCGACUCUGGCAGCCCAAAGUCUUAUCAUUCCACGGACCUGACCCAGGAGAUCCUGGACACCGUGGGUGAUCUCCUCAAGGAGCCUGCCUCCGCUUACAAGGGCUACGUCGACACCGAAGACGACUUCGCCCUCUUCGAGGAAGCAAUCUGGAGGGCAAAGCGCAAGGAGGGCGCCCUCGGGAGCAACUGCCAGGGAUACCCCGACGGCCAGGACGACAAGGAGGAGGUCAUAAUGCGCAUCUUCGACGCCAUCCAGAACAUCGAGGGCGAGCAGGACGCCGACGCAGACAACGGGGUGUUCCGGACCUCCGUCGCCGUCAAGGCCGUCAAGGGCCUGUCGAGCCUGGAGACGGAACUCAUCGCACACAAGCUCCUGGAGUACAUGCGCAAGAUCCAGCGCGGGGAGUGCGUCCUCGACCUGCCCGCCGACUACAAGCUCGUGCAAGAGGCUAGCUUCACGGACAAAUUAGACAAGGUGGUCGAGGCGUUGAGCCACAACAAGCUCCUCUGCCGCAGCGCCGCGACCAACGCGGAGUGGGUCGCCCGCAUCGCGGCCGACCCGGCCGGCGAGCGCCACAGGAAGCUCGCGAACUGCAAGACCAACAAGGGCAAGUCCACCAUCCUCAGGGACGCCUCGCGCGCAAAGGGCACGUCGAGGGGCAGGCCGAGGACCCCAAAGAGGCCCGCCGCCGACGAUGACUCCGGCUCCGGCUCCGCCUCCACCCGCGAGUCCACGGCCGAGGUGGUCCCCGACGCCGCUGCCAGUGCCCCGAGGAACGGCGGCGGCGGCGCGUCAGGCGCACCAGGCUCGAGCAACAAGCGGCGCCGGGUCUCGUACGGCCAGGCCACUCGCGAGCCUCCUGCUCAGACCACACAGGCGCAGCAGGCUGGCCAUGAGGCUGCUACCCCAUGCGGUUCUUUGCCUGUGAAUCCCCAUCGUGUCGCCGUACAGCAGCACACCGGCCUCGGAAACUCCACUGCUGGUUUCGCAGGACACAAUCGCGCCCAGGUUGCCAGUGACGCGACGAUUCACGUUGCCACUGUCCAGCCAGAGCCUCAGAUGAGCCCGCCCCGACAUGGAGACACCGGAUUCCCAGACAGCAACGCAGCCGGGUCCAUGGGAUUGGAUGGUCAGGCUGGCUUUGCGCAGUGGGGCGACUACUCGGACGCAGCCUUCUCCAGCAACUACGGGUUCUACUCGCCUUUUCCCCAGCCUCCCCAGCAGCAUAUGGACUGGCAGCCUUUGCCCAUGUUCCAGCACGAGCAGCCUGGUCAGCAGCAGGCCGCCGAAGACGGCUCGCUCCAGUCCAACUUGGCCAACGAUGGUGCCUCGGCCGAUGACUGGGAGGACAUGCUGUUGCUGGCGCCGGUGGCAGAGUACAAUGCCCGCCACUAG